AUGGGCCGGGCUGGCACCGGGGCCGGGGGCGCGGCGGUGGCGGUGGCGGGCCCGCUGCUGCUGCUGCUGCUGCUCGCUCGGCCCCCGCCUGCUGCCGCCGGCGACAGCAGGACGAGCGAGGCCGGGCUGGUAUCCGAGCACUUCUCACAGGCCCCGCAGAAGCUAUCCGCCUACAGCUGGUAUGGCAGCGCCAGGCUGUUCCGCUUCCACGUGCCCCCAGACACCGUGCUGCUGCGCUGGCUGCUGCAGGCGUCCCGGGACAGCGGCCACACGUGCACCGAGCUGGAAAUCACCGUGCACUUCCGCUACGGCGCCCCUCCUGUCAUUGACCCGCUGGGCACCAGCUUCCCGGAGGACACGGCAGUGCUGCCGUCCUAUCACAUCAGGAUGCUGCUGGGCAACACCUCCGUCAACAUCUCCCACCCUGCGCCUGGGGACUGGUUCGUGGCUGCCCACUUGCCCCCGUCUUCCCAAAAGAUCGAGGUGCAGGGUUUUGUUCCCACCUGUGCCUACGUCUUCCAGCCUGACAUGCUGAUCACGCGGGUGAUUGAGGUCUCCAUCGUGGAGCCUGACGUGCCCCUUCUGCAGACCCUCCUCUCCCACCCCAGCUACCUCAAGGUCUUCGUCCCCGAGUACACCCGGGAGCUUCAGCUGGAGCUGCAAGGCUGUGCGUCCAACAGGAGCCAGGGCUGCCCUGUGCGCCUCACGGUCGGCUCCGUCACCUUACCUGGCAGCUUCCAGAAGGUGCUCACGUGCACCGGUACCACCCCAUCCUGCCGCCUGCUGCUGCCCUCACCGCCCUGGGACCAGUGGCUGCAAGUGAUGGCCGAGAGCCUGGCGGGCCCCCAUGUGUCGGUGGUCUUCCGUGCCGUGGCUGCCCUCACAGCCUGCAGGCCCUGGAGCGUGAGCUCCCAGCACCUGAUGGAGAGCAGCCUGACCCAGAGCUCUAACACCACGGCUGGCCCACUGCCCCCUGGCUCCGGCCACCCAGACCUGGCCCGGGUCAGCGGGGUGGCCGGCGACCCCUUCUGCCUCACGAGCUACCCAGUCCUGCGGGAGGACGUGGACGUGAUAUCUGUGCGUUUCCAGCCCCUGGGCAGGGUCCUGGUGCUGGUGCGUUCGGCCGCACCCUCCCUCAUGCAGCUGCGCCUCAACACAGGCAUGGACAGUGGGGGCUCCCUCACCAUCUCCCUGAAGGCCAACGAGACCAACAUUGCCAGUGGAUCCUUGGUGGCGGCCUGCGUAAACAUGGCCUCGCCCUUCCUCGGCUUCAACACUUCCUCCAGCUGCACUACAGCCUUCUUCCAGGGCUAUGCCUUGUCGCUGAACACCUCAUCACUCACUGCGAACCUCAUCGUUCCCUACCCAGAGACUGGCACCUGGUACCUCUCCCUGCAGCUCCUGUGCCCUGGGAGUCCCGAGGACUGUGAGCAAGCCGUGGUCCCUGUGGAGACCACGCUGCACCUGGUGCCCUGCUGGAACGACUGUGGACCCUAUGGCCAGUGUCUCCUGCUCCGCAGAUACGGCUACCUGUAUGCCGGCUGCAGCUGCAAGGCAGGCUGGCGCGGGUGGAGCUGCAGCGACAACAGCACCGCCCAGACGGUGGCCCAGCAGAGGGUGGCCGCGCUGCUGCUCACGCUCAGCAACCUCAUGUUCCUGGCGCCCAUCACGGUGUCGGUGCACCGCGCCUUCCUGGUGGAGGCCUCUGUCUACUCCUACACCAUGUUCUUCUCCACGUUCUACCAUGCCUGCGACCAGCCGGGGGAGGCCGUGCUGUGUAUCCUCAGCUAUGACACACUGCAGUACUGUGACUUCCUGGGCUCCGGGGUGUCCACCUGGGUCACCAUCCUGUGCAUGGCCCGGCUGAAGACGAUCCUGAAAUACGUCCUGUUUCUACUGGGCACACUGGUCAUCGCCAUGUCCUUGCAGCUGGACCGCAGGGGCAUCUGGAACAUGAUGGGGCCCUGCCUCUUUGCCUUUGUGAUCAUGGCCUCCGUGUGGGUGUACCGCUGUGGGCACCGGCACCAAUGCUACCCCACCUCGUGGCAGCGCUGGGUCUUCUACCUGCUGCCGGGCAUCUCCAUGGCCUCUGUGGGCAUCGCCAUCUACAUGUCGAUGAUGACCAGCGACAACUAUUACUACACUCACAGCAUCUGGCACGUCCUGCUGGCCGGGAGCGCGGCGCUGCUGCUGCCGCCCCGCGACCGGCACGCAGAGCCCUGGGCCUGCCAGAAGCUGCCCUGCCACUACCAGAUCUGCCGGAGCGACCGGGACGAGCUGUACGCGGUCACGUGAUGGCCAGGGGCCCGCCCCGCCCUUGUAGACUGGCUGCACCCGAAUAAACCUGCCCAGCACCUUUGCUCCCUGCGGGCUGGUCUUGCUCUGCAGUGGCCCGGAGGGGGGUCCUGUGCUCUGCUGGCCUGCGGGUGCUUAGGAAUGUGGACUCCCCAUUGCCCUACGCCCUGUGAAGUUGUGACGUGAGACCCAGGGGUCCGAGCAGGCCUGAGCCUGGCACCGAAGCUGGCACAGCGCAGCCUGAAUUCCAGCCUGCCUGUGGGGGGGACCCCCAAGGCCCCCGGGGCCCCGCGCUGUGUCCUCUUGAGUGGGUCCCUGGUGCUGAGGGGCUCAAGAGACCUGGCCCCGGCUCCCUGCAGCGGUGCCCUGCCCCCCCCAAGGCGAGAGUAAGGGGCGGCUCGGGGUUUCCUUUGCAGGGUGUCUUCCCCAAGCCCAGCCACCCUGCACUUGGCCACCCAAGCAUUUUCUGGGCUCGUGCGUGGGAAACGUGAAUGUGACGUUUUGGGGUAAAAGAUUCUAAGACAUUGAGAUAUAUUUUUAUGUAGAGCUGAUUUCGCUAUGAUUGGUGAAUUUAAUAUUCUACAGUGAUUUUUC